UAUCUCAAGUGGUAUUGCACGUAUAAAAGGAAUUCAAAUCCACUGCAGCGCCUUUAAUUCAAAAUAAGCUGUUUAGCAGUAACAAGUGCAACUAAGAAAUUUAAUUUUGUGUCGAAAAGGUGUCGAAAUCCCGUCAAAGUGUAUUCGCAGGCACGUGAACGUUUCGUCCUCAAUUUUUACAAAUACAAAGAAGUUCUUUUAUGAUAUUCAAUGUCAAUUGCCUUAAAAAAAAUCCAGAAAAAAAUCCUCAGGAGAUGGUAAAACUUAAAAAUCGAUCAUUUUUAGGGAAGAAAUUUCGCAUUGCAAUUUGGAUCAGAAUAUUUCUCGUAAUUAUUGUUCCGUCAGUUGUUUACACGAUUUUGAGUGUUUUGGAUGUCAAUACGGACCAUGACAAUGUAAUCGCAAGUGGUCAUCGAAAGUUGUUAUCAGUGAAUGUAUCGGAGAUUGUGAGUCCCCACGCUGCAGACGACGAUGAAAUUGCAAAUUUUACGGAGAUUAGCGAGGUAAAUCAUCAACGGAUCGAUUGUAAUCCGCCGGCGAUCGAUGAAUUUCCGCCCGAUGGAUUUACGCGAAAACAACGCAAGAAGGGAUGGCUCACGGUGCAUAUUUUAUUGACUUUGUACUGUUUUUGGUUCCUAGCGAUCAUCUGUGAUGAUUAUUUUGUGCCAGCGAUCGAGAGUUUGUGCUCGAAAUUGCAAAUGAACGAAGAUGUUGCAGGCGCAACAUUCAUGGCAAUGGCAACUUCCAGUCCGGAACUCUUCAUAAAUUGCGUGGGAACGUUCAUCACGAAGGGCGACUUGGGCGUCGGGACCGUUAUCGGAGCUGCGGUCUUCAAUAUUCUCGCUGUUCCCGCAUGUUGUGGCUUAUUUGCGCACGAGGUCGUCAAGUUGGACUGGUAUUCCAUCACACGUGACUCCGGCAUGUACGCAAUUGCCGUCCUUGGCUUAAUUGGCGUGCUGCACGACGGCAUUGUGAUGUGGUACGAAGCUCUUGCCCUCAUUUUAACGUAUUUCAUCUACAUCACCGUGCUGUAUUAUAACGAUGUCAUGUCCCGGAAUGCCAAAUUGCUGGUCGCCAAGUAUCGGAAGCGAUAUGUGCCACGACUCUAUCAAGAUGUGACAGAAAUAAGUCCGUUGCUGUCGAAACAAAAUGGAAUGUCAAAUAAUAAUAACAAUAAUGAUGUCUCGGUUAAUGGAUUUUACGAACACAAAAAAGACGAAGAAUUGGAAGCGCAUUGCAGCAGUCCGUGGGGACGUCACCAAGACGAAUAUCUGCUACUGUACAUCAUCAAAUGGCCACUUGUCUUCUUGCUGUGGAUCACGGUGCCCGAUGUGCGAAAACAUCCGAAACUGCGUUACCUCACUUUUCUGUGUUGCAUCAUCUACAUUGGACUAACGUCGUAUGUCGUUAGCUUUUUAAUCACCGUUUUUGGGGAUACACUCAAUAUACCAGAUACCGUGAUGGGAUUGACAUUUUUGGCAGCAGGAACGAGUGUUCCCGAAGCCGUCAGCAGUGUCAUUGUAACGAAUCAAGGCCACGGCGCCAUGGGCAUCAGUAAUUCCAUCGGAUCAAACACUUUUGACGUCCUCCUGUGUCUUGGAAUCCCUUGGCUCGUAAAGUCAUUAGCUUUUCCCGCAGUUGCCGACCAAUUAUGGGUUGUCAUCAACUCAACUGGCCUCACGUACUCCACAAUUUCCCUGAUGUCGACGCUAAUUGGGCUCUAUGUCGCACUCGCCUGCAACGGUUUCCAUCUGGAUAAGAAAACGGGAGUGACGUGUGCCGUCAUGUAUGUGAUGUUCCUCAUUUUUGCCAGUCUCGUGGAAAUGAACGUAUUUUUCCCAGUAAAUGUGCCUACUUGUGGACGUUGAGCAAAUGUUUUAUUUCAAACAUUAAUAAAAUAAAUAUGAAUAAAAACUUCUUCAUUGUCAUUUCGAAGAAAGUUUUGUUGCCGGAGACAUAUGAGAAUAAUUAGUUUAUAUCUAUCUAGUUAAUUCCGAUAAUAGACUUAUAAAUUUAGGCAUCAAUAAACAAUGAAAAUAUCUUCCUUUUCUUGUGUGCGAGACAACAACAUCAUUAUUGUUUUAUCCAUUAAACAAUUUAUAUAAAUAUUUAAGUUGGUUUUAAAUGCACAUAUGAGAGCUCUAGCUCAAUUUUAUGGAGCGAGAGACAAAUAAUAAAGAGAGACAUUCACCAAAAAACUUGAUAUAAAAUAUUUAUAAAGGCAGGCAAAACAACAACAACUAUUAUAAUAAUAAUAAAACUGGAGAAAACAUAUCCGCAAUAAUAAAGGAGAGACUAGAAUGUGUUUCGUGCCACGUACAAGCGAAGAGCAGGACAUUAAAAUUUACUAUCUAAUAUAUUUUAUUCAGUCGCCUUUUACCUUUCCUCCUUAACCAUAAAAUAUUUUUCGUCUUUUUUUCUCUUUCUUCAUUCAAA